CGUCAAUCUCGUCCGUCCAUCCACUCCCAGUUUCCCUCAAUGCGGGGUAAAACCCUAGCCCCGAGCCGCCGCCACCCUCAUUUUCUUCCUCGUCGUUCCUCUCUCACACGCGCCCACGUUGUUGUCCUCCUUCCAUUGCGAUGCCACCCCGCCCUCCUCCAUCCUUACAUCUCCCUUGAAGAGCUCGCACCACCACCUCACUCUGCCUCUCAGUCGUGCUCAGUGGGUCGGCAAACGCGGGGAACGCACGUGCCCAUGGCGGACCAGUGGAGGAGAACAACUAACCAACCAGAAAAGCGGCAGCGACAAAAGUUCUUUCACAGCAUCUCAGCAGCCAGGAGGAUAAGGAGUUUGUUUUACUCGAUGGAGGAGCCACACCGUUCAGAGUAUGCAGGACAAGCAAUGAACUUCGAUUUUAUUUUCCCAUGUUGGUUGCGUGGCAUCGUUUAUGUGUAAAAUUUCAGAAAAGACAACGGAUAAUAAACUAUCUUUGAUGCAGAAAUCUGUAGAAAAGAAAUUCCGAGCUCGAAGAAACCAAUUGGCAUGACCGGAUAGAACUUCAAACUA